AUGGAACAAUUUCCACUGUUCAUGAAGCUGCAAGGAUCUACACAAUCCCUCGGAGUACAAUAUCAACAUACGAUACGCGCCAACAGCCAUAAAUUGACUCAAUCUAAGGAGGGAUCGCUUGUUAAAUGGAUCUCAGAUCUAGAUAAAUGUGGGUUAUCUCCUCGAUGCUCUCUUGUACGAGAGAUGGCCAAUUGUCUUCUUUCACAACGCGGAAAUCAACAGGUUGGAGAGAGAUGGGUAUAUAAUCUUAUUCAACGCCGCCCAGAGAUUGAAUCACGGUUCUCACGGAAAUAUAACUACGAGCGUGCCAAAUGCAAAUAUCCGAAGAUAACCCAAGAGUAUCUUGAUCGCGUACGAGACGUUAUAGCAGAAUAUGGAAUCUUAUCAGAAGAUAUCUAUAAUUUUGAUGAGACUGGCUUUGCUAUGAGACUUUGUGCAACUGCUAAGGUUAUUACUGUAAGCGACCGAUAUAAUCGUCCAAAUCUAUUACAGCCUGGUGACCGAGAAUGGGUGACUGCAAUCGAAGCAGUUAAUUCAACUGGAUGGGCCUUACCUUCAUACGUUAUCUUUAAGGCAAAGAAAUACUCGAUUAAGCUGGUUUGAGGAUCUUCCAGAUGACUGGAGAAUCAAUAUUAGUGAUAAUAGAUGGACAACAGAUAAG